GAACACCUCUCCGUGAGCCACAACAGCCUCACCACGCUCCACGGCGAGCUCUCCGGCCUGCCCUGCCUCCGGGCGAUCGUGGCUCGUGCAAACAGCCUGAAGAAUUCAGGAGUUCCUGAUGAUAUCUUCCAGCUGGAGGACCUCUCGGUGCUGGACCUGAGCUACAACCAACUGACGGAGUGUCCCCGGGAACUGGAGAACGCCAAGAACAUGCUGGUCCUCAACCUCGGCCACAACAGCAUCGACACCAUCCCCAACCAGCUCUUCAUCAACCUGACGGACCUGCUCUACCUCGACCUGAGCGACAACAAGCUGGAGAGCCUCCCACCGCAGAUGAGACGCCUGGUCCACCUCCAGACCCUCAUCCUCAAUAACAACCCCCUCCUGCACGCCCAGCUCCGGCAGCUCCCGGCCAUGACGGCCCUGCAGACCCUCCACCUCCGGAACACCCAGCGCACGCAGAGCAACCUGCCCACCAGCCUGGAGGGCCUGGCCAACCUGGCAGAUGUUGACCUGUCCUGCAACGACCUCUGCCGUGUCCCCGAGUGCCUCUACACGCUGGGCAGCCUGCGGCGCCUCAACCUCAGCAGCAACCAGAUCACCGAGCUGUCCCUCUGCAUCGACCAGUGGACCCAGCUGGAGACCCUCAACCUCUCCCGCAACCAGCUCACCUCCCUGCCGUCGGCCAUCUGCAAGCUGACCAAGCUGAAGAAGAUGUACCUGAACUCCAACAAGCUGGACUUUGACGGGAUCCCCUCGGGCAUCGGCAAGCUCACCAACCUCGAGGAGUUCAUGGCGGCCAACAACAACCUGGAGCUCAUCCCCGAGAGCCUGUGCAGGUGCUCCAAGCUGAGGAAGCUGGUGCUGAACAAGAACCGCCUGGUGACACUGCCAGAGGCCAUCCACUUCCUCACGGACAUGGAGAUCCUGGACGUGCGCGAGAACCCCAACCUGGUGAUGCCCCCGAAGCCGGUGGAUCGGACGUCGGAGUGGUACAACAUCGACUUCUCGCUGCAGAACCAGCUGCGCCUGGCCGGAGCCUCCCCCGCCCCCGCGCGCAAGAUGCGGCUGCGGCGGCGCAAGGACUCUGCCCAGGACGACCAGGCGAAGCAGGUGCUGAAGGGGAUGUCGGACGUGGCCCAGGAGAAGAACAAGAAGAUAGAGGUGGGCUCUGGGCGGGGAGAGGGGCCCUGAGUGGCACCACGGUGGUCCUGUCCCAUGCCCGGGUUGGGACCCAGUUGUCCCCAGCUUAGUGACCCGUCCCUGUCCCCGCAGGAGAGCGGGGAGGACGUGGGGCAGCUGCCCGGCCUCUGCGUCUGGCAGAUUGAGAACUUCGUGCCCACGCUGGUGGACGACGCUUUCCACGGCAAGUUCUACGAGGCCGACUGCUACAUCGUGCUCAAGACCUCCCUGGACGAGAACGGUUCCCUCAACUGGGAGAUCUACUACUGGAUCGGGCAGGAGGCCACGCUGGACAAGAAGGCUUGCUCC